AUGGAGGCGCCGCGCCCGGAGCCCGCGCUCGGCAGCCCCGCCAGCCCCUGCGACGAGGGCGCGCGGACCCUCGGCCUCGAGGCCGUCCAGCUCUGCGACCGCGACGGAAACAAAUCACAAGACAGUGGAAUAGCCGAGAUGGAAGAACUUCCUGUACCACAUAACAUCAAAAUAAGCAACAUUACAUGUGAUUCAUUUAAGAUUUCAUGGGAAAUGGAUUCAAAAUCAAAGGACCGUAUUACACACUAUUUUAUUGACCUUAAUAAGAAAGAGAAUAAAAAUUCCAAUAAGUUUAAGCACAAGGAUGUUCCAACAAAGUUGGUGGCAAAAGCUGUUCCUCUGCCAAUGACUGUCCGUGGACACUGGUUUUUGAGCCCAAGGACUGAGUAUACUGUAGCAGUGCAGACUGCCUCAAAACAAGUUGAUGGUGAUUAUGUUGUUUCGGAAUGGAGUGAAAUUAUAGAAUUCUGUACAGCAGAUUACUCAAAAGUUCAUCUAACACAGCUGUUGGAGAAAGCAGAAGUGAUUGCAGGACGUAUGCUUAAAUUUUCUGUUUUUUAUCGUAAUCAGCACAAAGAAUAUUUUGACUAUAUUCGAGAACAUCAUGGAAAUGCAAUGCAGCCUUCUGUCAAAGAUAAUAGUGGUAGCCAUGGUUCUCCUAUCAGUGGAAAAUUAGAAGGCAUCUUUUUCAGUUGCAGCACUGAAUUCAAUACUGGGAAGCCACCCCAGGAUUCACCUUAUGGAAGAUACAGGUUUGAGAUUACAGCAGAAAGACUUUUUAACCCAAAUACUAACUUAUACUUUGGGGACUUCUAUUGUAUGUACACUGCUUAUCAUUAUGUGAUUCUUGUUAUUGCCCCUGUGGGAUCACCAGGAGACGAAUUUUGUAAGCUGCGCCUUCCUCAGCUAAAUUCCAAGGAUAAUAAAUUUUUGACCUGCACAGAAGAAGACGGGGUACUGGUUUACCACCAUGCCCAGGAUGUCAUUUUAGAAGUUAUUUACACUGACCCUGUGGAUCUUUCUCUGGGCACCGUGGCAGAAAUCACUGGUCAUCAGCUCAUGAGUUUGUCUACCGCAAACGCAAAGAAAGAUCCCAGCUGCAAAACUUGUAAUAUCAGUGUUGGACGUUAAAGCCCACUUUCCUUAUUUGGUCCCUUUUUUCCCCUUAGGAAGAUUGAUUCUUUGUUAGCCAUUUUCAUCAUCACCAGAUGUUUUCAUUAAAGCAUGCACAUGCCGCUACCACCAAAAGCAAACUGCCACUUUCCACAUUUCAUUCAGAGCUGUUUCAGUGUUUCUAUGCCCUACCUUUCCUACUUUCACUGAUGAGAUAUUCUAAGUUCUCCUUUUGAUUUUUUAUUGCCUAGAUGCUGCAAUGUUUUUAUUUUUCCGUUUUGCCAAACAUAACAAAACAAUGAUAUAAAUCGCUUUAGCAAAAUACAAAAUAAUGACUUAUCGAUGGUGUUUAAAUAUGCAUUCAUUUUAAUCUACUGAAAAAAUAUUGAGAUAACUCCAAAUCGCAUGAAAGGGUAUAAUUGCAGCAUGAGUUGAAUCUUGAAGACUAGAAUCGCCAGCACUUCCAACCUGUUGUUUGACUGUGUUAUUUAUGUUAUUUAUAUUAGCUAACAGGAGACAACUGCUGUGUUUCAACAUAAUAAAUAUAAUAGAAAAAUA